AUGUGCACUUUCCUUGUUGCCCCCUACACAGUAUUCCCGUUGGCAGCCGGCAUCCCUAUCGGAUUUCUGUCUUCCGUGGGCGUUCCCGCAAUCUUCCAGGCAUUCGCCCUUGUGAUAGUGGGCGCAAUCACCGGAAUGUCUAUUGUCGGCUUCUUUGCCAACCGAGCGAAUUCUAUGACAUACGGACCUUACUCUCAAAGCAUCGGAACUCGAGUCCGACGAUAUUUACACCUCGCCAUCAACUAUAUCUCUGCUUUUCUGUUUAUGAUUCCUGUAUAUUGCCAGUUGCCAUCUCAACAAGAAUCGGUCAAUCAUACUUUGAACGUGAGAAGCAUCAGUCAGUACACAUUUAAGCCAUCAUGUUGCAGGUGUUGCCGUGUCUGCCCGAACAAAUCUGGAGCCAUCCGAACUAUUUCCUGGUCUCCACCAACAAUCUCUUCUUUUCCUGGUGA